AUUACGAAACUGUACUGUACGAAAACCCAGUGCGGUGUUUCUCGUCAGAAAUGAUUGGCUUCUUUAAAAUCGAAUUAACUCUAACAGGAUAAAUAUCGGGGCCGCGCCGACGACCGGCACCUAACUCGAGGCAGCAGCAGCUCGGGCACCGGCACCAGGACCCGCCGAACCAUCGCGUGCUCGCCCGUGCGUCUGUGUGUGCGCGCGCCCGUGUGUGUGUGUGCGUGCGUGCGUGCGCGUAAAAUAAAAAAAAAGAGCGGAAAAAAAAAAACACCAACAACCACUCGCCACACACACAAGUCGCGACAACGACAACGGUCGACGAACGGAGAGUCCCCGAGUGUAGUGUCGUCGUCGUCGUGUCGGUCGGGGUACUCGGCGAGUGAGUACUUGCACUGUGCACCGCACACAACGGCCCCGUUCGCGUCGUCGCCGUUUUCGCCCGAUCUCGCACCGCCACACACCGGAGCAGUGUUUUCGUGUCGUGUCGACGAAACGUUUAACGGUGCAACGUCGUUCGGCCUACCGUAGCGGCGCGGCGGCGUUCAGUAGCCCCCCGUGUGCUCGGUACGAGUGUGGUCGUCGUUGUUGUUGCUCCGUACACGGCGGUGGUGUAGAUUAAAAUUUCCGGUCGACCGUCCGUUUCACAUCAGCUGCUGCACACGGGCCGCCGGAUCGUGUACACACACACACACACACACAAACAUACACACACACACACACACACACACAGAGAAUAUAUUCGCCACACCGCCGCAACGUCUUCUCUCCACACUCCGCCCGCCGUCGUCCGCUCGCUCUCUCUCACUCUCUCGCUCUAGCGCGCGCACACUGCCGCCGCCGCCGCCGUCACCACACCCAGCCGCGCGCCGGCGAGACGACCGCCCCAGCCGAGUGCGAGAUAUCGCCGUACCCACACACACUAACACACACAUACUCUUACACACUCACGUAUUAUACACGUCGUCGUGUAUAAAAUAUUAUAAUAUAAUAUAACACUCGCACACGUAUAUCGUAUUAAUAUAUUAUUUUUAUUAUGUGUGUGCACGAGUGAUGUAGAUAAUAAUUAUUAAAUUUUUCGUGCCGAACCGAACGCGCUCUCAAAAAAAAAAUCGCAUUGGCAUUUUUUUUUUUCCUUCGCGUUUACGGCCCUCCCGCGGCAAAGUGUGUGCGUCGCGCGCUCGUGUCGUUUUUCUCGUCGUCGUCGUCGUCGUGUGUGUGUGUGCUGCUGUUGCGGCCGUCGCCCAUCGACGGAUACCCGAGUUUUGUGUGUGACAGUGUGUGUGUGUGUGUAUGUGCGUGUGUGUGUGCGGCUCGCCUUCGUUCCGUUUUUGCGCGCGACCACCGAUCUCGCCGGAGGAUAUCCACUGGCCGACGACCACCGUCCACCCGAAAUUCGCGCCGGCUCCACUAACGGCACCGCCGCCGGCAGCACCACCGGCUCCAGAGAUGUGUACAUGGACGAUGGCGUGCCGCCGGUUGUCGCCGCCUUCCUAGGAGGGUGACGGACGACCCAGACGUGAGUCGCUGUGUUGUGGACGACCCCACCGCACACACACCCACACGCACGGUGCGUUUUCGGUGAGGCACUCGCGGGUCACUGUGGAGUGGCACGAGGUGUCUGCUGCUGCUGGCCGCGUUGGUGGUGGUGGUGGUGAGUACGGCGGGCGGACAGCGCAGCAAGUAAUAACGGACUCGCCGCGGCAGCCCACUGUUCUCCGUCAUCGUGGUGGACCGGGCCGCAAGGUGCUGCUACUGUCACCGCUGAAAUGGCGUGUUGCCUGUCUGAGGAGGCCAAGGAACAGAAGCGCAUCAACCAGGAGAUUGAACGACAGCUGCGGCGUGACAAGAGGGAUGCCCGGCGAGAACUCAAACUCCUGUUGCUUGGUACUGGUGAAUCGGGGAAAUCCACGUUUAUCAAACAAAUGCGGAUUAUCCAUGGUUCUGGUUACUCCGACGAAGACAAAAGAGGGUUCAUCAAACUAGUAUACCAAAAUAUAUUCAUGGCCAUGCAGAGUAUGAUCAGGGCCAUGGACAUGCUCAAAAUACAUUACUCUGAUCCAUCAUGUUCUGAACGUGCGGAGCUCAUUAAAAGUGUAGAUUUUGAAACCGUUACGACUUUUGAAAGUCCAUACGUCGAAGCGAUCAAAGCACUCUGGGGAGACUCGGGCAUUCAAGAAUGUUACGAUCGCAGGCGCGAAUACCAGCUCACAGAUUCUGCUAAAUAUUAUUUAAUGGAAAUAGACAGAGUGGCCAGUCCAAAUUAUCUGCCCACAGAACAAGACAUACUUAGAGUAAGGGUACCCACGACGGGCAUUAUCGAAUACCCGUUCGAUCUAGAAGAAAUUCGGUUUAGUUACUUAAGCGACUUAGCAAGAAUCGAGGCCCCUGAUUAUUUACCUACCGAACAGGACAUUCUACGUGCUAGGGCUCCAACUACAGGCAUUAUCGAGUACCCUUUCGAUCUUGAUGGUAUUGUUUUCAGGAUGGUUGAUGUUGGAGGCCAGAGAUCAGAAAGACGAAAAUGGAUCCACUGUUUUGAGAAUGUAACAUCCAUCAUAUUCUUAGUGGCACUUAGUGAAUAUGAUCAGAUUCUUUUUGAAUCCGAAAACGAAAAUAGGAUGGAAGAAUCCAAAGCAUUAUUCAAAACUAUCAUAACAUAUCCUUGGUUCCAACACUCAUCAGUAAUAUUGUUUUUGAACAAAAAGGAUCUUCUCGAAGAGAAAAUCAUGUAUUCUCAUCUGGUAGAUUACUUUCCAGACUUUGAGGGUCCUCAAAGGGACGCCAUAAGUGCACGAGAGUUUAUAUUAAGGAUGUUUGUGGAUUUGAAUCCUGAUAGUGAGAAAAUAAUUUAUUCACAUUUCACAUGUGCCACAGAUACCGAAAAUAUUAGAUUUGUCUUUGCGGCAGUGAAAGACACCAUACUACAAUCCAAUCUCAAAGAAUACAACCUUGUGUAAUAUUGCACAAAUAACGCAAAACCCCAUAUGUUAAUAUUUUUUACUAUUAUAAUGUUAAAAUAACAAUACGAUUAGUAUAAAUCCUAAUUAUAUAUAAAAACAAACAACAAAAAAGUAAAAAAAAAAAAAAACGAGAAAAUGUAUCCUAUGUUUUUUGUACAAUAUUUUUAACAGAGUACGUUUUCUCUCACAUUUUUAUCUCCAUGAGUGUCAGUUUGUUAAUGUUGGUGUCGUGUGUGAAGUCGGUGUAAAUCCGUCAUGAUUUCGAUAACAUAACAUAUUAUAAAGGGUAACUUAAAUUUUUUUUUUAAUACAAAUUUUUUACUCAUGUAAAAAUUAAUUGAAAGAAAAUUAUGAUUAAUACUUUUUAUAAGAGCGCAUUUUUUUUUUUAAUUUAAUUUAUUUUUUUUAUUUAAAAAAAAUAUAUGGUUAAUCUCCUAUAUGAUGUUCAUUGCAUUUAACCCUUAUGUUAUAAUAAUUAUACAAACUAUAUAAUAUUUAAAUAUAAAAAAAAAAUGUCAAUAUGAAAUAUGUGUACAUAAAUCUAAUGAGAUUAAGAAAUUAUUAAUAUCAGAAUAUAAAUGUCUAAGUGUAAGUAAAAACAAAACAAUUCAUCCAAAAAAAAACAAAUGUUAUUUCCCCCCCCCCCCCCAAUUACCUAAUUAAUAAUAGUUGUUUUCUUAAAUGAAAAAUUAUUUUUAUUUAAUUAACAUCAUGAGGUGGAGGUUUUACUUGUGCAAUUUUAAUAAUUUAUUAAACCCUUAAAAUUUAUGUGAGGGUAGUUCUAGUCAGUCUCGUUAAAAACUAUAAAACAUACAUUUUACGCAAAAUAUUGUGAAAUUUUCUGAGUUACCUGUGUAAAUUUUAUUGAUUUUUUUAAAAAAUUGUAAUUUUUGGUAUUUUUAUUGAUAAUCUAUGGGAAACAUCUCAACAUUGUGCUCACCCCAUUUUCGCUCUGUAUUUUAUUUACAAUUUAAGACACUCGUUUUACUUGUUAUUAUUAUUUAAUAUUUAUGCAUAUAAUUAUGUGUUUGUUUGUGUGUGUGUGUGUAUGAGUGAAUGAAUGUGUGAGUGAAUAUAUUAUGCUUGGAAAAGUCGAGAGGAAUAACCUCGACAAUCAAAACAUACUAUACUAUCAACAAAUGGCGCUAAUUUUUCUUAUCUUUUAAUAAUCGUUUAUACACAUUAUUUUCAAAAAAUAAAUACCCCCCCCCUCAAAUUAAAAAAAAAAAUUAACAAGAUAAAAUUAUGGUAGUAGUAGUAGGAGUUAACCUUAAUAAAAAUAUGGUUUUGUGAUUAAUGUAUUUUCUUAUAUGUUAAAUAAAUAUAAACGCACAGAUAUUGUGUAUUAUCCAUUACACCUUAUCAAACAUUGUUCUAGUCGUAUACUUAUAAAUUAUUAAUGUAACGCUCUUUUAUUUAACUAUUUGUUCAUGUAAAGAUGACCAGUUCACAAUUACAACUGACAAUGAGUACCUAGCUAACAAUAAAAUAAAUACAUACCUAUUUCUACUUCUUCUGCUACUACAUGUCUACACCUUAGCUAUUUCAUUACACAUACCAAAAUCAGUAUCAAAUCUUACAUAUUAUUGUUUUUUUUUUCGGAAGUAUUUUAGUGAGAAUUUUAAAAUGUAUCAUCGGACUGACCUCGUAAAUAAAUAUGUUUAAUGUACAUCUAAUAAUAAUUAAUAAUGUUAAUAUUAUAAUUAAUUUUUCUGGGGUGAUCACAUCAAUUCGACCACCUGGUGUAUUUAAAAUUUAAUGUAUUUUUUUUUUCUUUUUCCAUUGUAUAAAUAUUGUUUUAUACUAUUGCAAGCCAUUAUUUUCAAUACUUUUAUAAUAUAUGGUAAUAAGAUAACAUAAUAUAAAAACGACUAUUGUCGCACGUAAAUAUGUUAUGUAUUUAUUUUAUUUUAUUUUAUUUUAUUUUUGUUUUUUAUCAACAGUCAAACACAAAUGAAAUAUAUACAUAUUGUAUGGAUAAUUGAUGUUAAAUGUUUUGUAAGCCACAUUUUAUUAUUUAUAUUCUGAUAUUAAAUUUUUGGUUUUAUUAAAUUAUGUUAUAUUUUUUC